GAUCGAUCGGGUCGCGGGACAAACGCCUAAAUAUCGGGAUGUCUGGUCACCCUUUACUUAUUACUGGGUAGUCUUGCAUUUUUAAAGCCAGAUGGGGCCUUCCUAAAGGGUCACUUCCUCUUGCAGGGGAAUGUGUAUGUGUGAGGGGGAGCAGACAGCAACUGCUGGGGCCAUGUGCCCCAAAGUCUAGUAUAGAAGACUGAAUAUUGUUGGACACUUAAUUUUUGCAUUUCAUGUCUUUUCAUCUGUGGAAGUUUAAUGUUACAUUAACACGAUUAGCUAGUUUAAUUUGUAGCUAGUGCAAAGAAAAUAAUAAUCCAGAUAUGCUUUUCUUUAGUUCUAUCCCCUGAUCUACUGGAUAAAAUCUUGUUCCUGUGUACUACUCUCGCAUGAUAAAUAGAUGAGAAGUAAUGCAGAUGCAAAGAUGCUACAGCAGCAUUACACUAUUGAGGGAAAGCAGUGCAGUGCGAAGUAGUCUUUUAGGUGUAAAAAAGGCUGCUUUCUCUUUAAGAUUGUAGCAUUCCACCCUCCUUUUCCUGAUUGACAGCCUGCCCCGAGUCACGUGACUUGCCUCUAUUUGAAGGUCACAAAAAGCUUCUUCCUUUAGAGAGACAGAGGGGGAGAGAGAGCGCAAGAGGGAGAGAGUGAGUUCAAGCCAAAAUGGCCGACAGAGUCUCUGCUGGUUUCUGAACAUUUAAAAUUGAAAAAACAAAUACAGAAAUCAUUUUGGAUCUCUUUUCAUUUCCAUUUCUACCUUGUAUGCCUCAACUCGCUGGAUUUAAGCACUGCUGCACUUUAUGAGAGAGAAGGAGCAAGAAAGGGAAGAACAGUUAAUGGAAGACAAGAAAAGGAAGAAAGAGGAUAAGAAAAAGAAGGAAUCUACUCAGAAGGUCACAGAUCAAAAAACCAAAGUGCCCGAAGUGACGAAACCAAGUUCAAGCCAGCCAGUGGCCGCCAGCCCAAUUGGCAGCUCUCCAUCGCCACCAGUCAAUGGUGGCAACAAUGCCAAAAGGGUGGCAGUGCCGAACGGACAACCGCCUAGCGCCGCCCGCUACAUGCCUCGGGAGGUGCCGCCGCGAUUCCGUUGCCAGCAGGACCACAAAGUGUUACUGAAACGUGGGCAGCCCCCUCCACCAUCCUGUAUGCUACUUGGGGGUGGGGCAGGGCUUCCUCCCUCUUCAGCACCUGGAGCAAACCCAAACAACGCACAACCAGUGACAGGAGCACUGCUGCAGAGCGACAGUGUGACUGCAACAGGUAAGGAAGGCUUAGCUGAAGAAAGAUCAGAUUCAACAAUUGGAGGUGCUGCUGCUUCAAAUUAUGCAAAUUCCACUUGGGGUUCUGGAGCCGCCUCCAACAACGGCACCAACGCCAACCCAACUCACGUCUGGGACAAGGUGAUUGUAGACGGGUCUGACAUGGAAGAGUGGCCUUGUAUUGCCAGCAAAGACGCUGAGUCUUCUUCCGAAAACACCACCGAUAACAACAGUGCCUCGAACCCUGGCUCAGAGAAGAGCACUGUGCCAGGAAGCACCACUAGUAACAAAGGAAAAGGAAGCCAGUGUCAGUCUGGAAGUGCUGGGAAUGAAUGUAAUCUUGGGGCCUGGAAAUCUGACCCCAAAGCUAAAUCUGUUCAAUCUUCCAACCCUGCUGCAGAGAGUAACAAUGGACUAGGAAAUUGGAGGAAUUUGAGUGGGCAGGACAGAAUAGGCCCUGGUUCUGGCUUCAGCAACUUUAACCCAAAAAGCAACCCAUCUGCCUGGCCAGCACUGGUUCAAGAGGGCAAUUCUAGGAAAGGGAUUUUAGAGUCUGAUAAUGGUAACGCCAAUGCACAGAUUAGCACAGUAGGUCAGACCUCUAGGGAACAGCAGUCAAAGAUGGAAAACGCGGGUGUUAACUUUGUUGUCUCUGGCAGAGAACAGGCUCAAAUACAUAACACUGAUGGACCAAAAAAUGGAAACACUAACUCCUUGAACUUAAGUUCGCCAAACCCUAUGGAGAAUAAGGGAAUGCCCUUUGAAAUGGGCUUGGGGAACCCCUCCAGAAGCACUGACACCCCUUCACAAAGCACUGGAGAAAGAAAGACUGGGAGUGUUGGAUCUUGGGGUACAUCUAGGGGGCCUUCUGGAACUGACACAGCCGCUGGACAAAGCAAUUCUGGAAACCAUGGGAACAAUGGAAAGGAUAGAGAGGACUCCUGGAAAGGAGCUUCUGUUCAAAAACCUAAUGGGUCAAGAAAUGAUUCUUGGGAUAACAACAACAGGUCUAUGGGUGGUGGGUCUUGGAACUUUGGCCCUCAGCACUCAAAUGAAAAUAAAUGGGGUGAAGGGAACAAAUUGACAUCUGGGGUCUCUCAGGGAGAAUGGAAACAGCCGUCUGGGUCUGAUGAACUGAAGAUUGGAGAAUGGAGUGGUCCAAACCAACCAAAUUCUAGCACUGGAGCAUGGGACAAUCAAAAGGGCCACCCCCUUCCUGAAAACCAAGGCAAUUCCCAGGCUCCCUGUUGGGGAAGAUCUUCCAGCUCUACAGGAAGUGAGGUUGGAGGUCAAAGCACUGGAAGCAACCACAAAGCAGGAAGUAGUGACAGUCACAAUUCUGGACGCCGGUCAUACAGGCCUACGCAUCCUGAUUGCCAGGCAGUCUUGCAGACUUUGCUGAGCAGGACUGAUUUGGACCCCCGUGUGCUUUCAAACACUGGCUGGGGCCAAACUCAAAUUAAGCAAGAUACAGUUUGGGAUAUUGAGGAGAUGCCAAGGCCCGAGGGGAAAUCUGAUAAAGGAACUGAGGGGUGGGAGAGCUCUGCCACACAGACAAAGAACUCAGGGGGCUGGGGAGAUGCACCCAGCCAAAGCAAUCAAAACAAGUCUGGAUGGGGUGAGCUCUCAACCCCCACAGAGUGGAAGGACCCCAAAAACACAGGAGGAUGGAAUGACUAUAAGAACAACAAUUCUUCUAGCUGGGGAGGAGUAAGACCAGAAGAAAAGACCUCUUCCUCUUGGAAUGACAAUUCCAACAAAGAUCAAGGGUGGGGUGGACGGCAACCUAAUCAAGGAUGGUCUUCAGGAAAGAACGGUUGGGGAGAGGAAGUUGACCAAACAAAAAACAGUAAUUGGGAAGGUGCAGGAAACAAACCAGUGUCGGGUUGGGGUGAAGGUGGGCAAAAUGAGAUUGGGACUUGGGGUAAUGGGGCAAAUGCAAAUACCGCUUCAAAGGGCGGAUGGGAUGAUUGUAAAAGAACGCCAGCAUGGAAUGAGACUGGUCGACAGCCCAAUUCCUGGAAUAAGCAGCACCAGCAGCAGCAGGAGGCUUCUGGCUCCUGGGGUCCACCACCUCCAGGUAAUGGGCGACCUCCAAAUCCAAACUGGAACAGUGGGCCACAGCCAGCUGCCCCCAAGGAUGAGGAACCCAGUGGCUGGGAAGAACCUUCUCCACAAUCGAUCAGUCGGAAAAUGGAUAUUGAUGAUGGCACUUCAGCAUGGGGAGACCCUAGCAGUUAUAACUACAAGAAUGUGAACCUGUGGGACAAGAACUCGCAAGGGGGACAGGCUCCACGAGAACAAAGCCUGCCUACUCCAAUGACUAGCAAAUCAACAGCAUCAGUCUGGAGCAAAAGCACACCACCUGCUCCAGAUAAUGGUACAUCUGCCUGGGGUGAGCCAAAUGAAACCAGUCCCGGGUGGGGUGAAGUAGAUGAUACAGGAGCAUCGACAACAGGCUGGGGGAAUGCACCCUCCAACGCCCCGAAUACCAUGAAACCUAGUUCCAAAUCUAUGCAAGAUGGCUGGGCGGAGAAUGAUGGGCCAGUAGCAGGAACACGUCAUUCAAGCUGGGAAGAGGAGGAGGAAGGAGGAGUCUGGAACACAGCAGGCUCUCAAGGAAGCAGUUCCUCCCACAACUCAACAAGCUGGGGGCAAGGAGGAAAGAAACCACAAAUUAAGUGUUCAUUAAAAGGAGGAAAUAGUGAUUCAUGGAUGAACCCUUUAUCCAAACAGUUUUCAAACAUGGGAUUGCUAAGUCAAACUGAGGACACUCAAGGCAGUAAGAUGGACAUGUCUGUAGGUGGUCUCCCAGAUAAGAAAUUUGAGGUGGACAAACGAGCCAUGAACCUCGGGGAUUUUAAUGAUAUAAUGAGAAAAGAUCGAUCUGGGUUCCGUCCACCUAAUUCCAAAGACAUGGGAACCACAGAUAGUGGGCCUUAUUUUGAGAAGCUGACUUUGCCUUUCUCCAAUCAAGACGGGUGCCUUGGGGAUGAGGCUCCCUGCUCUCCCUUCUCCCCUUCUCCCAGCUACAAGCUGUCUCCCUCUGGUUCCACACUACCCAACGUCAGCCUUGGGGCAAUCGGCUCAGGGCUCAACCCCCAAAACUUCGCUGCUAGACAAGCUGGCAAUCAUGGUUUAUUUGGAAACAGCACAGCACAAUCGAGGGGCAUGCACACACCAGUGCAGCCACUAAACCCUUCCCCCAAUAUCCGGGCACAAGUGCCUCCCCAGUUUCUUUCCCCCCAGGUUUCUGCCUCCGUGCUCAAGCAGUUUCCCAACGGUGGCUUGAACCCAGGUCUUUUCAAUAUAUCUCCUCAACAGAUUGCUAUGCUGAGUCAGCUUCCAAAUAUUCCUCAGUUUCAACUAGCAUGUCAGCUUCUUCUUCAGCAGCAGCAGCAGCAGCAGCAGCAGCAGCAACAGCUGUUACAGAACCAGAGAAAGAUUUCUCAAGCUGUACGACAGCAGCAAGAGCAACAGCUUGCUCGUAUGGUGAGUGCCCUCCAGCAGCAGCAAAGGCAGCCUGGCAUGAAGCAUUCUCCAUCCCAUCCAGUUGGGCCUAAGUCACAUUUAGACAGCAUGGUACCCAAUGCUCUGAAUGUGGGUCUCUCAGAUAUACAGACCAAAGGGCAAAUACCUGGAUAUGGUUCUGGCUUUGGUUCAAGUGGCAUGGAUUAUGGCAUGGUGGGAGGGAAAGAAGCUGGAUCAGAAUCUCGCUUUAAACAGUGGACUUCUAUGAUGGAAGGGCUGCCCUCCGUAGCUUCACAAGAUGCCAAUAUGCACAAAAAUGGCGCAAUAGUGCCCCCUGGAAAAGCCCGUGGAGGAUCGCCCUACAACCAAUUUGACAUAAUCCCAGGCGACCCGCUGGGUGGCCAUGCAGGCCCUGCUGGCGAUAGUUGGUUACCUGCCAAAUCUCCACCAACGAACAAGAUCGGAAGCAAAUCCAGCAAUGCUAGCUGGCCUCCAGAGUUCCAGCCGGGAGUGCCAUGGAAAGGUAUUCAAAACAUUGACCCUGAAUCUGACCCCUAUGUGACCCCUGGAAGUGUGCUGGGGGGUACAGCCACCUCUCCCAUUGUAGAUACUGACCACCAACUUCUGCGGGACAACACCACAGGGUCUAAUUCUUCCCUCAACACCUCGCUGCCUUCACCUGGUGCCUGGCCCUACAGUGCCUCUGACAAUUCCUUCACCAAUGUUCAUAGCACUUCAGACCCCUGGACUCCAAGCACUAUGGAAGCAAAAUUCAAUGAUUACAAAUCAACAUGGUCCCCAGAUCCCAUAGGACACAAUCCCACUCAUCUCUCCAACAAGAUGUGGAAAAACCAUAUUUCCUCAAGGAACACUACAGGGCUGCCCCGCCCACCACCUGGCCUGACCAACCCCAAACCAUCAUCUCCCUGGAGCAGCACAGCACCCCGAUCGGUCAGGGGGUGGGGGGCACAGGACUCAAGGCUUGCCUCUGGUGAGAAGGAUCUCCUGAUAGCAUCAUUGCUCGGCCGUGAGGGGUGUGUGUUAUACAACGCUAAUGGUGUGGAUAUGAUGCGGCCUUCACAAGAGAGGAAGUUGCGGUUGCCUGCCUCUACCUGGAGUGAUGGUGGCUCAGUUCGUCCUAGCUACUGGCUGGUUCUUCACAAUCUCACUCCACAGAUCGAUGGGUCAACCUUGAGGACGAUCUGCAUGCAGCAUGGCCCACUGCUGACAUUCCAUCUGAACCUGACUCAGGGCACCGCCCUAAUCCGAUACAACACCAAACAGGAGGCGGCCAAGGCCCAGACUGCACUGCACAUGUGCGUGUUGGGAAACACUACCAUCCUGGCUGAGUUUGCCACAGAUGAGGAGGUUAGUCGCUUUCUGGCACAAGCUCAGCCCCCGACACCUGCAGCAACCCCAAGUGCACCCGCAGCAGGCUGGCAAUCCCUGGAGACAGGACAGAACCAGACAGAUGCAGUUGGACCUCCUUUGAAUCUUUUUGGUGGGUCAGCAGGGCUUGGGCAGUGGAGCAGCAGUGGUGGCAGCAGCAGUGGGGGCGAUCUCUCUGGCGCUUCAUUGUGGGGGCCCCCAAACUAUUCUUCAAGCUUGUGGGGGGUCCCAAGUGUAGAGGAUCCCCACAGAAUGGGCAGCCCUGCUCCCUUACUACCUGGAGACCUUCUGGGAGGAGGGUCGGAUUCAAUCUGAACUUAGAACUUUCAACUCUGACCUCGUGACCUUUUUUGGAACAGCAGCAGCACUAACUUGACCUUUUCGUUUUUUUUCAACUUGCAAUAAAUACAUUUUUAAAAGGAAAAAAGAAAACGGAGAGAGAAAAAAGGUGGGUCAUUGACAGACUGUCUGAGCACAUAGUUGCCUCCCUUAUGUAACUUCAGUUUUUUCGUUUGGAAUAUGAAUCCAAAAAGAGAACAUAUCACUCUUGAAAUACUUGAAUCAUGAACGCCAACUUAGAAAGACAAUGUGAAGCAAGUACACAUACCAUUUAAAUUUAAACACAAAAAAUUAAAAAAAUUAGUUUCUAGUUUUUCACUUUUUCAUGUUAUACGGAAGUUGUUGCUAAGAAACAUAUAUACUGAAAAAAUAGCUUUUUAACUUUGUUUGCACUGGGUGUGUUUCCGUCCUUAGGUC